AUGUUUCUUUGUUUCGUUCUCCUUCCUAAAUCUAUCUAUCUAUCUAUCUAUCUAUCUAUCUAUCUAUCUAUCUAUCUUUCUUUCAUAUUCAGGAAUGUUUCUUUUUCUCCUUCCCAAAUCUUUCUUUCUUUCUUUCUUUUUUCUUUCUUUCUUUCUUUCUCAUUCAUGAACAUUUGGGGAACACAAGUAUAUGCAUAUUCCAUUAUAUCACAAUCUAUCUAUCUACUCAGUCGUAGCCAUAAUCUAUCUAUCUAUCUAUCUAUCUAUCUAUCUAUCUAUCUAUCUAUGUUCCUGGACAAUCUAUCUAUCUAUCUAUCUAUCUAUCUAUCUAUCUAUCUAUCUGUUUUAUCUAUCCCAUUCAUUACAUCACCCAUCUAUCUAUCUAUCUGUUUUGCUUCAUAUUCAUCUAUCUAUCUAUCUAUCUCGAGAGGUUCCUUGACAAUCUAUCUAUUCAUUCAUUCAAUAUCUAUCUAUCCAUCUAUCUGUUUUGGUCUGUUCCUAUCUAUCUAUCAUAUCAUCUAUCUAUCUAUCUAUCUGUUUUGGCCUUCACAUUCAUCUAUCUAUCUAUUAGUUACGGCCGCGCCAGUAUAA